AUGGUAUUUAAGUCAUUCAAGUGCAAGCUCUACUCCAAGAGCUAUCACUCUUCCGCACAGAAGCAGUCAACGGCGUUUUUUGAAAGCUCUUAUCAGUAUCUGCGCCGAAAUCAGGGCCUUGUAAGCCAAGACAGUUGCAUUCCUUCUUCGGACAGUGUGGCGGUGACUCCAAACCCGGUUGUGGUCGCCAACGUUAACUACAAUAAUGUGGAACUUGCACUGGAUCCCGAGGCUUGCGAAGGAACUCCGUUGCAAACACGCAGAAGUCUGGAUGAGGGAGCUUUUGAAAACCGAACAGGACAUACCAAUGGACCCCGCAGAAAAAGCUUAGGAGCUGCAACCGCUUCUUCUAGUAUUUCAACUGCCCAGUCCUUGGAGCGAUUCCGAUCUCGACAGCACAAUGAAAACUAUGCCCGCUACCCAAGACACACGCAGCUUGAAAUAAAUGAGAGACUAUCCAAGAGCUACUUUUCGACCAGCUCUGUAGAGCGUCCAGGUCAAAAAAUUCCUAAUACCAUAAGUUCGAUUCCAAAGGAUGCGGCCGAGCUCAAUGCCGUGCCUUCAGAUUCAAAAAUUUCAGAUACACAGCAGCAAUCAGCCGAGAGUGAUGAAAUUGAGACUUUAAUGAAUAACGACACUCGCUUGGAUACCUCGAUUCCAGCAUGGGAACCAGACAAUGAAGAGUGUCUCAAUCCGACUACUUUUCUUCAAACACAAACUAACUACAUCAAGAAAUCCUUUGGACAACAAGAUUACAACAGCAUAAACGCAUCAUUUCAGUCCCUUCUGCGAAAUAACAUCAUUCCGCCAAUUGAAUUGUAUGCUUUGGUGAUAAAAUCUGUGUGCGAUAGAGAAUUGGAUAAUGACAAUGUGGACAAUCGCAUGUUUCAGCUGCUGAAUUGUUACCAAAGUCUCAUUGACAAUAAAAUGAAACCCACUGAGGAAAUAUACAAUGCGGUGAUAGGUAGCCUACUGAAAGGGUCUAUCACAGCAUAUGAACUGGGCAACGCGAAUGGGCUUGAUUUCUAUAAGAUCGCGGUUGAUCUGCUGCAGGCCUCGACUACCCACAUUUCGCAUCAAUUUUCAAAAGAGGUUUUAGACUGUUCAAUUCUGGCAAUGAAUCUCUAUCCCGGCUAUGUCAAACUUGACUACGUCAAAAACACUCUACAAAACUCCCAAUUAUACUACAAGGACUCUUUCUACUAUGUGGCCCUUGUUACUUACGCCAAAAAAAUUAAUGAUAAUGCUGCCGUCAAGAGCUUAUAUGAGGACUUCAGAAGCUUGUGUGCAUCGGAUUCGCAUCUGCUGCGGCAUCAAUAUGAAGUCUACAGUGCCGUUUUGCCAGCAUUGGUUGAGACCGGAGAUAUGGCCCUAGCGAUUAAAUUGCUGGACAGUGUUUUGACCGACGCGAAAGAAAAGGUUGGACUAGCAUCCAACGUGUCGUUGAUACUUUCGCAUUUUUUGAUAUCAGUAAGCAAGCUGGACUGUCAGAAAGCGUACACUUUAUGGUUUGAGUUCAAAAAACUUCGCUGGGUGCCAGAAUUUUCAUACAGCUUCUACUUGACUUUGCUGUCCAAUAGCAUGGGGAACUGGGAGCUUGCGAAAAAGAUAUAUGACUACUCUUUUCCUAUGCUUCCUAAUGUGAAAGCAAAACCGCACAGUUUCAGUGAUCAUCUAUUGAGUUUAUCUGGCUCUGAAACGACUUUGAGCUCUUUCUUGGAUUAUGCUCUACAGUUGAAGGAUACAGAGGUUGUAAUGAAGAUACUCGAAGAAUCCGUUGUAAAGAAGUACGCGUUCGAUUCUGGGGUAUAUCCCUUCAUAUUCCAGUUUCUAAAGGACAUUCGAUGUCCUGAGGAUUAUUUGACUCGAUUCAUCAAUUGCCAUGGCGAACUCUUGAACAAGACCAAAGAAAAGUUCAACUUUUUGAAUGGGUUGAUAGACGCCUACCAAUCUCAAGUAAUUUUAGGCAAAGUCGCCGACUCGAGUUUCUUUUUGGACUGCUGUGAAAGAUUCAAUGUAUCGAACAGUCAAAUUAACUAUAGUGGUUUGAUCGCAUGCUUUCAAAGCUUGUGGGGUCGCCCUCAAACUAUUGAAAAGUACAGCUAUAACAUCAAACUACAUGGAAUAAUGAUCUGCAAAUUAUACGAUCCUGAGAGCUAUUACGCCGUUAUGGAAAACGAGUUCAUGCUCCAGUUCAAAGAUCGCUUAACGACAAGAUUUGAAAAACUAAUGCUCAACUAUCAGCGAUUGUCCCUUGACCCUAAUGACGUAGUGGGGACGUCGAUACAGGCAGCCAAAAUGAUCAGCAUGCCCGAAGGAGUCGUGGAUUAUUUUGCUCAUCCCGGUGAUUGGGACAAAUCAUAUCCGCUUUGUUUAGGGUCAAUGAUCAGGAACUCACUUCCCACAGGACGUAAAGCCUAUGAAAGGUUGCGCUCAGAAGGCUUUCGUUUCGACUACGACACUUACAAACAACUUGUUACUCGCAAUGUGAACGAUGCGGAUACGGUCACUAACUGUCUCAACCUUUGCCCCGACGAGAAAGAAAUGGGCUACAUUACUAAUUCGUUGGUAGUGAAGACUACGAGCAGGGAUCUUGAGGCUAGGGUUCUAAGACAUCCCUUGUUCCAAACUGAAAUUCUGCCGUAUUUGAAGGACGAUUCGUGCCUUCGUCUUGCAAGAAAUGCGGGUGAUGUUCAAACAUUCAUUGACAAUGUGAACUUUCCCGAAAAAUUCCAAGGAAUUGCAGAACAAGCAGAACACAAGAACUCUGUGAGUUACGUCUAUGAGGAGCUAUUUAGGAGCAAACGUUACUCUGAAAUUAUAAGGCUCAACAAAAUUUGUCCUGUUUUGGACAUCACUUUGUUGUUGAAGUCUUGCAUACGUUCUGGAGACAUUGCGCAAUACGAAUUGCUCUGGAGCAGGUUCCAAGGUCGUCUUGGACCGGAAAAGUGCAAUAUACAAGCAGAGUUUUUACUGGGCAACAAAGAAGUCGAUGAGGCAAUUAAAGUGCUCAGAUCUGCAGAUGCUAAAAGUGAACACAAAUCUAAUGAUUUGCUUUCCUUCGCACUUUUCCUCAAAAGUUUCACGACGCCUGUUGUUCAAUAUGACGAAGUUGAGAAUACUUUGCAGCUAGCUAAUAUGCUUUCCACACAAAAAACCUUCGCAGGAAUGGUAGCCCUCUACCAGGAGCUGAUGUGCGACCAAAACAGCACAUUAGAAACGACGACAAAGCAGGCUGUAAAUUUGGAGAUUAGUGAACAGAUGCUCAACAACUUACAUGAUUCGAUGCAAUUUAUUGAUUUUGAAAAAGAUUCCAAUAGGUCAAUCGCCGUACAGAAGCUCACCAAUUACUACAGAUUUAGGACCUUUCUCAAGCUACCUGACGUUUCUGAAGCCGACCUUUUCAAACUCCUUCGCUUUUACUCUGAAGCUCAUCGUUCUAGUAUCGACGCUCUUUUCAAUAACAUCGUUGAGACAAUAUAUCUCAACCCCAAUACCAGGUGCUUGUACCUGCCGAACAAUAUGAAAUUUCAUUUCAAGCCAGAACAGUUAUCCAGGCUCGUCAGAGGUAUUGAAAACUUUUACAUUGAUGAGUCCAACGUAGAGGAUGCUGAGAAAGCCAAAGGAUUUCAAUCCGUUCUCAGGAAACUAUACAGUCUGACUGACUAA